GACAGAAGAAUAAAAGUUUUAUUGUAAAAUAAAACACUUUUUGUAUUCAAAUACUAAUAAAUAAAUAAUAAAUGUUAAUAUUCAGUUUUUUAUGUAGAAAAUUUAUACGAAUUGAAAAAGAUGAAGGAAUUUUGAAUUUGCCGCUUUUAGAAUAAAACGUUUAAUAAUCAUUACUUUGGGCCAAAGUUCAUGUUAACUAUAUUUCAAUCACACCUAGUAGAGGAAAACACUGUACGUGCCAAAAUAAGGAAACACUUUUUUAUUUAAAAUAAUUAUAAAAAAUGCUCUCCUUUUUAAAGAAUAGCGCUGUGGCGAAACAAGGAUUUAUUAAAUAUGGAGCAGCUGCAAAUUAUUGGAAUGUAAUUAUAAAUAAAUCCUAUGCAACUAAAAGUAACAACGGUACCAAAAAUAUUGUGUACAUUGAUGGUGUUAGAACACCAUUUUUGCAAUCUGGAACAAGUUAUAAAAAUUUAAUGGCAUAUGAUCUUGCAAGAAAUGCAUUGGUGGCUUUGCAAAGAAAAAUUAACUUUCCCAAAGAUGUGGUGGAAUAUAUAGUUUAUGGCACUGUCAUGCAAGAAGUAAGAACUUCUAAUAUAGCUCGAGAAGCUGCUUUAGCAGCUGGAUACAGCGAUAAAACCCCUGCACAUACAAUAACUAUGGCAUGCAUUAGUAGCAAUCAAGCUAUUACAACUGGCAUGGGUUUGAUUGCAUGUGGUGUAUAUGAUGUAAUUGUUGUUGGUGGAGUUGAAUUUAUGUCUGAUAUACCAAUUAGGCAUAGUAGACGUAUGAGAUCUUUAAUGUUACAAGCUAACAAAGCAAAAACUAUUGGUCAAAAAUUAUCUCUUCUUGCUAGUAUUCGGCCACAACAUUUUGUACCAGAUUUGCCUGCUGUAGCAGAAUUUUCUAGUGGAGAAACCAUGGGACACAGUGGUGAUAGAUUAGCAGCAGCAUUCGGAGUAUCAAGGAAAGAACAGGAUGAAUACGCUUUACGUUCACAUACUUUAGCUGCUAAUGCGCAACAACAAGGGUAUCUUACAGAUCUAGUUCCCUAUAAAGUACCAAACGUGGAUAAAGUGGUGGAUAAAGAUAAUGGAAUUCGUGUGUCUACACUUGAACAAUUGGCAAAAUUGAAACCAGCUUUUGUUAAACCAUAUGGUGGAGUGACUGCUGCUAAUGCUUCCUUUUUAACAGAUGGAGCAUCUGCAGGUUUGAUUAUGACGGAGAGUAAAGCUCUUCAACUUGGACUUACUCCAAAAGCAUAUUUGAGAAAUUUCACGUAUGUUUCUCAGGAUCCAGUUGAUCAGUUACUUUUAGGACCAGCGUAUGCGAUACCAAAGGUAUUAGAGAAAGCUAAAUUAAGUGUGAAAGAUAUAGGAGUAUGGGAAAUACAUGAAGCUUUUGCAGGGCAAAUUUUAUCCAAUUUGAAAGCAUUAGAUUCUGACUGGUUUGCGCAGAACUAUUUAGGAAAAUCAACGAAAGUAGGAACCCCUGAUCUUAGUAAAUGGAAUGCAUGGGGUGGAUCUUUGUCAAUUGGUCAUCCAUUUGCAGCAACUGGAGUUAGAUUAGCUACACACACAGCUAACCGACUUAUCAGAGAAGAUCAACAGUUUGGAUUAAUUGCUGCUUGUGCUGCUGGUGGACAGGGAGUGGGAAUGAUUAUGGAGAGAUAUCCAGGUGCUAAGAUAUAAAAUAAGAAAAUGAUUAAGUAAGCAAUUAUGUCAAAGAACUGAAAAAUUUAAACAGAACAUCCAUAAAUUGUACAAUGAGAAAUAUAUAUAUAUAUUUUUUUU